AUUGUUUUUCAAAGUCCUCUUUCUUUGAGGGUUCUUUCAAUUCCGUGACAGGUCCUCCCCCCAAAAAAAUCGCGGAAAAUCACAUUCCCUUCCAUUCAAGGAAAAGUAAACAAACAGAGAAAGAAAUUUUAAUAUAUCUAUAUAUACACAAUACUUAUAUAUAUAUACCCUACACAAAUGAGCAGAGUUAUACGGUUUUCUUGCUGAACUCAUUGUGUGUGACUCGAUUAAGGUAACAUAUUUGCUAUGGCUCAUGAUACUUCUGCUGAAUCAAAUAAGCUAAAGGCAGGCCUCUUGAAAGAUCAAGUACGGGUGGUUAAGAGAAAAGAUUCCGAUCGUUAUGAGAUUGCCGCUUUCCAAGAUCAUCUGUCAUUUGAGAAGGGUUUCUUUGUUGUUAUCCGUGCAUGCCAAUUGUUAACCCAAAAGAAUGAUGGACUUAUAUUAGUAGGGUUAGCUGGUCCUUCCGGAGCUGGGAAGACAGUAUUUACUGAAAAGGUACUCAACUUUAUGCCCAGCGUUGCUGUCAUAUCAAUGGACAACCACAAUGAUUCUAGUCGAAUUAUUGAUGGCAACUUUGAUGACCCACGGUUGACAGACUAUGAUACAUUGCUCAAGAAUAUCCACGACCUAAAGGCAGGGAAGCAGGUUGAAAUUCCAAUAUAUGAUUUCAAGUCUAGUUCCCGCACAGGAUACAGGACACUCGAAGUUCCAAGCUCCCGAAUUGUGAUUAUUGAGGGUAUCUAUGCUUUGAGUGAGAAAUUGCGACCUUUACUGGAUCUUCGAGUAUCUGUUAGGGGUGGAGUUCACUUUGACCUUGUUAAACGGGUAUUACGGGACAUACAACGUGCUGGGCAAGAACCAGAAGAAAUAAUCCACCAGAUAUCUGAAACGGUAUAUCCAAUGUACAAGGCUUUUAUUGAGCCAGAUCUCAAGACAGCGCACAUAAAAAUCAUCAACAAGUUCAACCCAUUCACUGGGUUCCAGUCUCCUACUUACAUUUUAAAGUCAUCAAAGAAAAUGACUGUGGAUCAAAUCAAGGCUGUCAUGUCGGAAGUGCACACUGAAACCACGGAACAGACUUAUGAUAUAUAUCUUCUUCCACCUGCUGAAGAUGCAGAAUCAUGCCAAUCAUAUUUGAGGAUGCGGAACAAAGAUGGAAAAUACAAUCUCAUGUUUGAGGAAUGGGUUACGGAUUCUCCAUUUGUCAUAUCACCCAGAAUAACUUUUGAAGUCAGUGUGCGGCUUCUUGGUGGCUUGAUGGCCUUGGGAUACACAAUUGCAGCUAUCCUUAAAAGAAAUAGCCAUGCAUUCUCCGAUGAGAGGGUGUGUGUGAAAAUUGAUUGGCUAGAACAACUUAAUCGCCAUUAUGUUCAGGUGCAAGGAAAAGAUCGUCUAGUUGUAAAGUCUGUGGCAGAGCAGUUGGGAUUAGAAGGUUCAUACGUUCCUCGUACUUAUAUAGAACAAAUACAGCUGGAAAAGCUUGUAAAUGAGGUUAUGGCAUUACCAGAUGACUUGAAAACAAAGCUCAACAUAGAUGAGGAGCUGGUAACAAGCCCCAAAGAAGCACUUUUUCGAGCCUCAGCUGAGAGGGUGGCCAUGAGAAAUAAGCAACUCAAGAGUGGUAUGUCACAUUCAUUUUCAACACGAAGGGACAAGAAUCUAUCCGAGAUAACUGGAUUUUCUGAAAAUAACCUAAGGUUUGAUGAGAGGACAACUGAAUCACAAGCAACAUUAACAAAUCAGGGAGCUAUCACACAGCUGUCGGAACAUAUUUCCACACUGAAUGACCGGAUGGACGAGUUUACAUCUCGGAUUGAAGAACUGAAUUCCAAGUUAACCAACAAGAGAGGUUCUGCUAGCCCACAAAACAUGCCUUUGCAAGCGGAAGCCUGCAAUGGAUCUGCACCUACUUCUUACUUCAUCUCUAGUUUAGGCAACGGUUCCUUGACCGGACCUAUCAUGCCUAAUUCUUCAUCUUCCUCCCAGUUAGCAAAGGAGUCCCCCUUAAUGGAAGAGAUCUCAAAUAUUGCUCGGGGACAACGUCAAGUCAUGCAUCAGCUAGACAAUCUCAGCAACCUUUUUUCUGAGACCGUGAAAGAGCGGUCACGGCAAGCAAGAACAACAGAGAAGAAAAGCAUAAUUGCUGACAUUGAACCUGUUAGGUUUUCUCUGCUUUUAACGUUGGCGAUUGGUGGCUUGGGAGUCUUCUUGUUUAAGGGUUUUCUACACCGAACUUGACGAAGUUGAUUUCUAAUAGCAGUUGAGAUUUUAGACAUUUAAUUUUUUUUUUAUUUUUUUUCUGUUUUUCUUUUUGAGUCACAUCAAGUCGGUUGCAAUGCUUACCCUUCUGCCCGGGAAAGACAGAUUUCUUUUAGCCAGAGGCAAAUAAAUGCUUUCAAGGUUCUCUUUGAGGUUUUGUUAAAGAAGGGUGGUGUUUUUUUGCAAAUUUUGUGACUUGUAGGGUCCUUGGAGUACUGAAAAAAUGUUUUCCUAUCACUUCUUUAAACGCUCAAUCAAAUACAAGAAAAGAGAAGAAAAAAAAAUAUAUGAAUCUCAA